AAGUUUCAGGAAACUUUUUUCCCUUACAAACCCGCCUCCGCAUAUGUCCCGCCUCUAUUCUUCGUCUAUUGGCUCCUGCUGACAGGAUCUUCUCUCUGAUUUGCCAGACUGCGGACGUGUCUGCGCACGUCAGCCUCGAACAACACCUCCUCCUUCAAACUGGUUUAUGUGUAAAUUGAUAUCUGGACUGAAGAAAUAACACCGAGUGGUGGUUAGGUGCUUUUUUUUUUGGGGGGGGGGCAGUGAAAUGAAAGUUACGUAAGGUUAAGACGUUAAGGAUGGACUGUAAAACAACAUUUGAUAUCAGACAAUCCAUGACAGAAACAUCUAAAUGAUUGCAGUCUCUAAGAGGAUGCUGCCAAUGUUGGACAUGGAACAUAAUGAGGCUGCUGAGGGUGGGUGGAGCUGGUGCGAGAAGGCUAGAUAAAAUAGUUUUAUUAGUCAGUUAGGGUGCCUUCCUCAAGAGGAAGUAUUGUUGAGAACAAAGCCUUUUGCCACAGAAUUGGCUCAUAGAAUCCUAAACAGGCUCAGGGAAGAGUUGCACCCAUUAAUCCAACACAAAUAAUAACUGACUGAUGGAGUAUAGUGAGAGAAUGCUUUGUGGGACAGGGGAGCUCGAGCUGGACCCAAACAUUGUGAGCGAAGAGGCAGGAAAACUGUAUUCAGAACUACAGACAGUUAUUGAGACCCAUGGUGAAGAUGUGGUGGAGUCAUUGGUACCCAUAUUUGUGUGGGUGCUGGAGGGGCUGGCCAGCUGCAGAGCCCAGCUGAGAGAGAGGGAGGAUGAGGCGGAGAGGGAGCGAGCUGAACGAGAACAGCUGCUGGAAAGAUUCCAAGCAGAGAAGGCGCUGAGGAAGCAAAGUCAAGAGAGGUAUUUGGAACUGGAUGACCAAAUUGAACAGGAAAGGAGAGCCAUGAGAGGGCGGGAAAAGGAGCGAGAAUGGCGAGAAAGAGAACUAGAGAAGAAAGCGAGACUGCAAGCUGAUCAGUUGGUGUCCUUGGAAGAGCAGAAGGCAAAUCUGGGUAGAGAACUGAGUACACUGAAGCAUGCUCACAACAAGUUGCUUCAUACAUAUCAGGAUCUGAUGGAAAAGCGAAGUGACUCCGAAAGAGAUACUCCUCUAAGAUUGAGUCGUUUGCAUUCUAAGAAUGGUGAAUCUCCAUCCAGCCAAGUACUGUCAGAAUCCAGUGUCAAUGACAAGGUAAGCAGGUCAUUUUCAUACUCUAGUGUCUCCACUUUGGACACUCCAGUAGCUACAGAUGAAAUAUGCUUGGCAUUGAAUAAAUCUGCUGCAGAUGCGUCCUUUGUCAAUGACAUCAUAAACUCCACUCCUGAACUGGGACAAUUUCAAGGUUGCGUUGAUGCCAGCAGUCCAGUUACAACUAACGGCGAGAAACAUUUGAGAGAUGAGUUAGAGUUCAGCUUGGAGGAUAAAAUGAGGCAACUUUGGGAAGAAAAAGAGCUGAAAGUAAAAGAGGGGCAGACAGAAGAGCUGCAAGAACAAGGUCAUGAGGAGGAAGAUGACAGUGUGGAGUGGGACCUCCGUAACACUGACUCCUUAUUCUCUGAACUGUCCGAGCUGAGCCACGAUUAUGUGGAGAGUGUAGACCGAGGGGUCGGUGCCAGAGGCACUUCAGACCAGUUUGAGACAUCUUCUCAGUAUGAGGAACUGAAAAUCAACCAUGAUUUAGUCGAUUCAGCCCGUAAAUCUUUAAUAUCUCGGGUCGUAGAGCUGACAGAUGACCGUUCAGCGCUUCAACUGGAAGUGGCUUCCCUACAGGAAACAGUUUCUCGAUUAGAUAGCCGCAUGAAAGAAAGGGAAAAUGAAAUUAAAAGACUUCAGAAAGAACUUGAAGCAUGCCAAUCUGAGAGCCCUGAUGCCUUUCUGUCCACAUCCAUGCGUCACUUCUCUCGUUCCGAAAUGUCUCGUGUGGUCAUGGAGAAGAACCAAUAUAAGCAGCGUCUGUUUGAGUUACAGGAGGCAAUAAGACAUAGUCACACCAUCAGAGCAACAAAAGAAGAGAGGUUAAUAGGGGACAAAAGGGCAAGCAUCUGGAGAAGGUUCAACCGCUUGUUUGGCCUAUCUAAGGAACCCUUAAUAUUGACUCCUACCUCUGCACGUGUCCUGCCUAAUUCCCCGUCACGCACUCACUCUCCUCUGGGAACUCCACACCGGCAGGCUGUCAGUCAAACACCCGAGGAAUCUUCUUCUGCCUCGCCACGUGUCAGGAAGAGGGAACUCUACAGAGAAAUUCGUUCACACAUUUGGGGAACACUGAGUAAAAGACAGUUACAUGGAUGGAGUACGCCACUGGCCCAGACACAGGAAUCCCGCGAACAUGUCCCAGAUCCUAAAGAUGUACCUGUUCUAGUACAGCUCAGGAUUUUGGACCAAAGAGAUUCCACAUCUAACCUGAGCUGUGCGGUUGCAGUCCCACCUGAGAUCUCAGGAGAAGCCACAUGCUCUGUGUGGGUGGUUUCUGGCCAUGCCUCUGUCAGUGAUGUUACUGUGAUUGAUCCAGCACGCUCCAACACAGUACUGGAUCAAUUCAGCCUUCCUCCCACAUCUCCUGCCCUCUGCAUGUCUGCCGUGCCUCCUGUAGGUGACUCGCCAGGAACCGUAUGGUUUGGAACUCUGGAAGGAAGUGUGCUCAUACACUCAGCCACUGCUGACAGGAGGUGCUGUCUGCAGUCUGUUUGCCUCUCAGAAGGAGUUCAUUCUCUUACGUAUUCACAGGGUCAAGUCAUAGCCGGUUUAGCUGAUGGGACAUUAGCAUUUUUCUCACACUGUUCAGGUGGCUGGAAUCUGCAGAACCACACAAUUAUGCCUCUUGGAUCAAACCCUUUGCAGCCCAUUCGCUGCUGCCUUGUGAAAGGUGAUCGCUUGUGGGUGGGAUAUUGGAACAAAGUCCAUAUGGUUAACUUAGACAACAAGAAAGUUGAGCAAGUAUUCGCAGUGUCUGAGCGCAGCGAGCAGCAGGUUCGUUUCCUGUGUGCUGGUGGAAGUGGGGUGUGGGCAUCUUGCCGACUGGACCCAAUCCUCAGACUGUUUGACUGGACCACAGGACGGCCUCUGCAGGAAGUUGAUUUUACUAUUUUGGUCACUAAAGCAUUAGGUCCAGCCUUCUUGACAUUCUCACCUCUCCAGAUCUCCUGUCUUGCUGUCAUCUCUGGGCGCCUGUGGGUAGGCACAGGAAGUGGUGUCAUUUUCUCCAUCCCCUUAUCUAUAACAUCAGAAGCAGUUUCCAUCCCGUAUUGUUGUAUCGCAUCAGCUCAACUGUGUUAUCAUGGACACAGACAAGCCGUCAGAUUCAUCAUUGCUGCACCUGGUUGUUUGAGUGUCUCUCAUGGUAGCAGUGCUGUUACUACCUCUCAGCUUAUCCUCAGUGGAGGAGAAGGCUACAUCAACUUGAGAAUUGGAGAUGAUGCAAGUGAUGAUUCAGCUGAAUUGUCUCAAGCCACACCUCAGCGGUCUGAACGAAGUCACAUGAUUGUUUGGCAGAAUCCCACCUCCUCUUUGACCCGCUCUUCCAUCUGAAAUCGCUCAUCUCACAGCUGCUGAUGUGGAUUUUUUUUUCUUUUCUUCUUUUUAAAGACUGAGUCGGCACAGUGUGCAGCAGCUACUGACAGUCAUGGAAAUACUGCUUUCAUGGAACCUGAUAUAACAAAAUUCUCUAUUACAGAAAUUAAUGGACAGAAUCAAAAAGAUAUACACUGACUAUCAAGAAAGUAUGCACAUCCUUGUGCUUUUACAUGUUUUAUUUUCAUUAUUAUUAUGGGUUUUUUGUAUGGUCAAAUUUUUAAAAAUAUCAAAAGGGGCUUCUUGAGGAAUUAACAAAUUAUGCUCUCAUCUCAAAGUCAAAACACAACCAUACAUGAGCUAAAUCAAAUAAAAGUUAUUUAUUGCUUUAGAAUUUUAUUUAAUAUCAGUCAUGAGGUAAGAGGGUUUUUACGUGUUGAUGUUAUGGCAUGUAAUCAGAAUAUUUUUGUAAGAAGCCCUUUUUUAUAUUGAGUUGAUGUAAUAAAUAAAAAAAAAAACUUGUAAAAGCCAAAAGGGCGUGAGUACUUUCGUUAGGCGUUGUUUUGAAAAGCAUGCCUUUGUGUUUCUGUUUCUUUCUCAUUUGCUGUUUACACCCAUCUUGCAGAACUCUUGUGAAUUAUGUUGGUUUUCUGUGUGGCUUUCUAACAUGUGGCUUUGCUAACAUCAUUUUCUACUUUUGUCCCAUUUACGUUGUUGCUAAUAGCUUGUCUCUAUGCUUGUACUGCCUAUUUGAAUUUGUCACUGAGGAACAGUGAGUCUCCUGUUUCACUUGUAAAAUAACUGGAUAUUACCUGUUCAAUUAUCAUUCCAUCACUUUGUUUGCUGAGUAUCAAGUAGUUCUGUGUCCAAUUUUUGUUUUAAGAAAAAUGGUUUUGAAAAUUUCUUUGGUCAGACUUUCAACACAAAGAAAGCUGCGCUGUCUUUGUUUUUAUUUUAUUUUUUGCAUGGAAUGAUUGUAAUAUAUGAAAAGUAGAUAUAGCUUAUCAUUCUGAUGUUAAUCUUCAUUCAGAUGUUUUGGUAUCAAGUUAUGGAGAUAGAACUACUUCAUUCUGAAAAUUGUUAUACAGCGUUCAAUCUAUACCUUAUUUUUGUUGACCCCAUCUCAGUUACCUUCUAAAUUUACCAAGUUCUAUCAUAAUUCUUUAAAACACAGAAACACUUCCAAAAUUUAAGAGCUCAAAUAACUGCUAUCCAUGAAACCCUUUAUUUCAAAACUGCCAUUCUGAAAACAUUGGUACUGUACAAACAAGACCUUUCAAAAAUUAACAGCAUUAAACAUUGGUUUAGACAACUGCACAAGUUGUUCGAUCUCUGGAAACUGAUACAUGAUGGUGUACUAACUGCAAAUAAUAUCCAUGACAUUUCCAAAAAUAAAGAACAAUGCAUCAUGAAAAUAGCUAACAUGUUGAAAUAGGACAGAUUAAAAACAAAACAUAAUCAUGAUUUAGACAUUGUCACAAAACUAAUACCUGAAACACCAGCUGUACUGAAGGGCCUAUCUGGCACAAUAUCCAUAAAAUGUUUUCCAGAAAUAAAAGAUCAGUUCAUCAU